UCUUAUCUCCUCAAAUGAAAUAUUUAACCUUAAAAUUAUUUACUUUAACCAAGUGUCUGUAACUAACCAGCCGUGAAAGCAAGGAGAGGUGGGAAAGAGUAACCCGCCGUCAACCUCCGCUGCAAGCAGUCAGUCAUCCUUCACCACCACCACCGGUAUGGUAUGUUGUUCCGUCCCUUGAGUUUCUCUUCUCUCAUUCUUCUUCCUCUCUUCAAAAAACCAUUCUCAAAAACCAAAACCAUUCACAAAACCAAAAAAUUCAACUUUUAUUCUUCCACUUCUCUUGCACUUUCUUCCUCGCAAACCCAUCUCACAAAACCCUCAAAUUCCUCAUCUUUUGAUCCUAACACCUCCAAAAUCCUCCAAAGACUCGACCUUUAUCGUAACAACCCUUCAGUUGCACUCUCUUACUUCACUCAACUCAAGCAACAUGGUUUCUCUUACAAUAUUCAAACCUAUGUUUCAAUUAUUAAGAUAAUGUGUUAUUGGAAUUGGAUUAGAAAGUUGGAUUCUUUGUUUCUUGAUAUUAUUGCUCAUUCUAAACAUGACCCAUCAUUUAAAAUCAAUGACUUGUUUGAUUCAUUGUUUGAUGAAGAUGUUGUUGUUGAUGAUGUUAAUCAAAAUCAUUACUUGCUUAGAGCUUUUGAUGGGUUUGUUAAAGCUUGUGUUAGUUGUAACAUGUUUGAUGAAGCUAUUGAUUUCUUGUUACAAACUAGGAGGAGUUUCAUUUUGCCAAAUGUACAUUCUUUUAACUUUCUUAUCAACCGGUUGGUUAAACAUGAUAGAAUCGAUAAUGCAUUGGAUUUAUAUGAACAAUUUAAAAGUUUCGGAUUGAUUUUCAACAGUUAUACAUAUGCCAUUGUCAUCAAGGCACGGUGUAGGAAGGGUGAUUUGGAACAGGCAUAUCAUGUGUUUGACAAAAUGGAGGAAGUUGGGGUGGAUCCAGAUCCGUAUUGCUAUGCGGCUUUGAUAGAGGGUCUGUGCAACAAUAACAGGUCUGAUAUUGGAUAUGGCUUGCUUCAAGAUUUUAGAACAAGGAGUGUCCCUGUAGAUGUUUAUGCCUACACCGCGGUUAUUCGUGGAUUUUGUAAUGAAAUGGAAUUAGAUAAAGCUGAGAGUGUGUUUUUGGAGAUGGAAACGCAAGGUCUUGUUCCUGAUGUGUAUAUUUAUUGUGCAUUGGUCCAUGGUUAUUGUAAGAGCCGUAAUGUGGAUAAAGCUAUAGCCAUACAUGAUAGCAUGAUUUCAAGGGGUAUAAAGACAAAUUGUGUCAUUGUUAGUUGCAUCCUCCACUGCUUGAAUGAGAUGGGAAGGGCUUCGGAAGCAGUAGCUAUCUUUGAAGAAAAGAAGCAAUUGGGCUUGUUACGUGACGUGGUAGCUUACAAUAUUGUGUUCGAUUCUUUGUGUAAAUUGGGUAAGUUUGAUGAAGCAGUAGGUAUGCUGGAGGAGUUGAAAUCUUUGCAUAUCGAUUUAGAUAUCAAACACUACACAAACCUUAUUAGAGGUUACUGUCUUCAAGAUAAACCCGAUGUAGCCUGUAGUUAUUUCAAAGAAAUGCAGGAACAAGGGUUUAAACCUGAUGUUGUUGCUUAUAAUGUACUAGCCGAUGGUCUGUUUAGAAAUCGUCGUGAUUGUGAGGCAAUUGACCUUUUGGGUUAUAUGGAUAGUCAAGGUGUGAAGCGGAACUCUGCUACACAUAAGAUUAUCAUUGAAGGUUUGUGUUCAGCUGGCAAGGUUGAAAAAGCUGAGGCAUAUUAUGAAGGUUUGAAAGAUAAAAGUGUUGAAAUCUAUUCCGCCAUGGUUAAUGGAUAUUGUAAAUCUGACCUCGUUGAGAAAUCCUACGAACUUAAGAAAACUGCUAUGUUGCUACAUAGAAUGUUGAAGAUGAAUAUGAAACCUAACAAAGAAGUGUAUUCUAAAAUAUUUACUGCAUUGUGCCACACGGAGAAGAUGGAAUGUGCCCUAUCUUUGUUCAAUUCGUUCAUCGAGAUAAAAUGUACACCUGAUGUUGUAAUUUACACAAUUAUGAUUAAUAGUUAUUGUAAGAUGGAUCGGUUGCGAGAGGCCUGUGAUCUCUUUCAGGAAAUGAAGAUAAGAGGGAUUACACCUGAUGUUGUAAUUUACACAGUUAUGAUUAAUAGUUAUUGUAAGAAGGAUCGGUUGCGAGAGGCCUGUGAUCUCUUUCAGGAUAUGAAGAUAAGAGGGAUUACACCUGAUGUUGUAAUUUACACAAUUAUGAUUAAUAGUUAUUGUAAGAUGGAUCGGUUGCGAGAGGCCUGUGAUCUCUUUCAGGAUAUGAAGAUAAGAGGGAUUACACCUGAUGUUAAAACUUACACAGUUAUGAUUGAUAGUUAUUGUAAGAAGGAUCGGUUGCGAGAGGCCUAUGAUCUCUUUCAGGAUAUGAAUAUAAGAGGGAUUACACCUGAUGUUGCAACUUACACUAGUAUGAUUUACAAUUAUUGUGAGAAGGAUCGGUUGCGAGAGGCCUAUGAUCUCUUUCAGGAUAUGAAUAUAAGAGGGAUUACACCUUCUGUUCAAAUUUACACAAUUAUGAUUAAUAGCUAUCGUAAGAUGGAUCGGUUGCGAGAGGCCUUUGAUCUCUUUCAGGAUAUGAAGAUAAGAGGGAUUGCACCUGAUGUUAAAACUUACACAGUUAUGAUUAAUAUUUAUUUUAAGAUGGGUCGGUUGCCAGAGGCCUAUGAUCUCUUUCAGGAUAUGAAUAUAAGAGGGAUUAAACCUGAUCUCAUUGCUUGCGAAGUUUUACUUAACGGUUUAUUGACCAAAGGGGAGACGAAGAUUGCUCUGGAUUUGUAUAAUGAAAUGUCUUUGAAGGGAAUGAGACCAGGUGCAACAUUAAUUCGUCGUAUUGAAAAAGCUGCAAGGGAGCAAUUUCAUCAGUAGCUAGUCAGGUUUACUGCCAGUGCUUGGAUUUGUCCCAUAUUUGAAAGUCUAUCUGGUUGAUACCUAAAGAAAGAUUGUUCUUGUUUUUACAGAUUGGAAAGAGACGAGAGGCACAAAUCGAUUACCACGAUGCCAUUGUACAUAGGUAGCUUUUAAGGGAGGAUUCCCAUGCUUGGAAACUUAUCAAUUGGUAUCAUAGCUGAUUGUCGGUGGCUCAGAAAGGGUUACCUACGAAGGGGCUGACUGGAAAGGCAGAGUAAAGCAUCGUAGAGUGCAACGGCUGGGAUGUCAACUCUCUAGGGUGAUGCUAUGUGUUGGCACUUCUUUUGAUAGUCUAAGAGAUGGUUCUGAAAACAAUCUCUAAGAGAUGGUUCUGUAGAUCUUCUAUUCACUCAAUACAGGAAUCUUGCUAGCAUCAAUGUGAAAGAGACAAAAAGAAAUGCUACCAUGUAUCCGUAUACUAGAUCUUUGGCGAAUUGACUUAAAAAGAUAAAAGGAAGUGUUUGCCGCAGCAAUUAUAAAACUGAGACAGCUGUAGUCGCCAGCAGCUUCAUGAUACCAGUAUGACUUUUAUAUCGACGGCAGCAUCAGCCCGAGGUAAGUAAAUUCCGCAAUUUAUAACGUUGAUAUUCACAAUGGCGAGUAUCAUCACCGCAAAUAAAAUCUUUGGAAAGGUAAUGGUGGAUAAAUAUUACUGUUGUGCUAUCGGUCUUAAGUUUAACUUAAUGAUGAUAUGAAUGUGUGCACACAUGGAAGGAAGGUCAUAACAUUUAUAUGAAAGUAUUUGAUUUUGAUUAUGCUUCAAUACUUAUCUGCUAGAUAUGUUGCCGUGGUUCAAGGCCUAUACAGCAAAAUAUAGUGUCAAUGUUGAGAAAAGGAUGAGUUUUUGAACAAAUCAUUCAAGAUGGCAUGAAGAUGUUUCAGUGUGCAGUAACGGUGUAAGAUUAGAGGAACCUGUUGACAAACCUGCUUCUUCUGCAGUGAAUUUCUUCGGAACCAAGACUCAAGAGUGAAUGAGAAAAACCAAAUCAUCGGGCUAUGCAAUGCAAAUAAUUUAAGAUAAAAAGCCAGAAGCAAUCAAUGAUUCUGUAAUGUUUGAUCAUUGUAGUAGUUUGAAGCAAUGUAAGGUGAAUAAUACAGAUGCACAUGAUUAGGAUAUAGCUGAAGUAAAUGAUAGUUUUAGAAAGGAAUAAAAGAGUCAUGUAUUGUUAUGUAUCUUGAUGUUAUGUUAUAUAUAGUAUGUCAUAUUUGACAUGAUAUU